AUGGAAAACACCGACGCACAACAAUUAACCGACGCCGAUCAAGCUAUGCAGUAUUAUGAGCAAUGCUACCGCUGGAUGCUGCAGUUAGAUCACGCGAAUGAUUUCUCCGACGUAGCAACCGUGUGUCAGGAUAUUUGCAACUAUGCCGGUCGAGCUGCUGCCGGGAAUGUGGAGCGCAAGCUGAAAUGCACUAUUGAUGGGGACGCUCAAACGCCGGAACUAUUGAGCACCUUUGGGCCACAUUUGCCUAGCAGUAUAUUGAUCAAGACGCUGUUGGUUAAUCUGAACGAUGCAAGUAAAACGCACAGCCAGCGCAAAAUCAUUUCCAAGUCCUAUUAUAAUCUAAGCCAUAGGAAUGUGCUAGAUGGUGAGUCACUGCAUACGGUGUACGGUGUGCAGGAUUUGGGCAAGUGCGAUGAGAGUAGCAUCGCCAUAUACGGCAUGUUGAAUUCUCGCUUUCUCAGCCUGAUGCAAAAUGUGCCCGGACUUUCAAUCCUACCGGCACGUAAUCUGACACUGUUUCUGUCGCCGGAAGCUGGUUACAAUCGAUCGUUUAAUACCGUGACGGAGAAUGUGCUGACCAUCGAGCGGUUGGGUUUGUUUCGUGACAUUCAUAACAGCGAGCAACGGAAACAUAUGUGGCACACCGUGCUGAUGAACCUGGAAUCACCGUAUCAUGGGGCGCGUGAAAACAUGCUGGCUCUGCUAAAAUAUCUAAUUCGGGAUGAGAGGUUUAUGCGGCAAACCGUACUGCCGACGAUGCGGCAAUGGUCCUGGUUGAAUCGUAACAAAUAUCAUCUGCUCGUCAUACUGUUGGGUCAGUACCCGUUACCAAUGUUGCUAAAACCGCUAGAUCUCAAUAUGGAGCAGCUAGGCAAUGCGCUUAAACUAUCGCUGAGAUACAAACAUCUUUACACCGGCGGGCAAGCACUGAUCCGGUUGCUUCACAAGGAACAGCGAUUAUCCAGCUUCGUUUACGAACUUGUAGCUACGGUCGUAGUGCAAGAGGAGAUGGAUAUAGUGCAGGUGAUGGCGAAGUAUUGGUUUAGCGUGUUCACACCGAAGGACUAUCGCACCGUUUACCGUGCCCAUCUAAACUUGGAUGCUCUCAUUACCAACUACUUCGAGCCUAUUUUGGUCGAAUACCCGUUGCCAGCGUACUGCGUAAACAACAAGCACGAAAAACUGUUCCUUCUUUCGUACCUCUUUCGAGUCGAACUGCAAAAACACACCUAUUUACGGCCGCUUCUGGUACUCCUUUGCGAAUUAGCCGAAACACAGAAACCACUGCCACCGGCCACGCUAGGGUUGCUGAUCGAAUCUCUCGGAUAUUACAUUGUCGCUUGCGGUGCGACGAACAGGAUCAAUACGCACCGGCUCACGACCCAUCUAACGCAUUACGCGCUGGAAGUAAUGGAAACGCCCGGCUAUCUUGCUGUGUGCAAUACACUAGUGACGGUAUGUCAAAAACUGCUGAAACACAUCGUCUACACGCAGCAACGAUCUUCACCCGCUAAGAAAUUUGAUCGGGACGCGCAAGCAUUGUUGGCGAAGUUCAUGUCGUACGAUAUGUACGAUCGCUACCUCUUCCCGGCCAGUACGAAACGUCUCAACUAUCAACCGACCGUUACCGCGUUGCGCCUGUUUGCUGCAUUCGUGGAGCAGGUGUUGGAAUUUACUCCCUCGAGUCGGUACGUGCUGCAGAUGCGAUCCGCUAGCAGCGUGGAAUGGAUCGCAAAGUUGCUUCCCGAUUCAUUACCACUGGAGGAACUCGGUUCGUCGUUUCGCUCGAUGGUGUACGGGUUGCAACAUCUGCUGCGCAGCGACUACGACGACGUACGGACGUUCGCGCUCAAGAUGCUUUACAACCGUACCGUCGCGUAUCACUUCGAUCCCAAACUACAGGAUCAGCUGGCGAUCGUGUUUUCCCGCGACGACACCGAUUCGUUGCGCUCCACUGUUCACCAGCUGCUGGACGAUUCGAUCGGGAAAGUAAAGGCGGCAUUACAUCACCACCAGCGUGACUUCUACGCAGCCGUACUAAUGGAGGAAGACCAGCCUAACGGGCAGCUGCACCGACUGGUGGACCAUUGUACCGAGAUCUGUUUCGGAUUUCCGACCGGUUUGGCAGUACUAAGCAAUGCCGAGCUGUUUCGUGUACAUGAUUGUGUGUUCGACGUGUGGCACUUUACCAACUAUGCUCUAACAUGUGCAAAAACAAACCAAGAACCACGCUAUGGAAUGAGUUUCGAGCUGAUGGAUCAUUGUUUGCAGCGUUUGCUUGAACAAUCGGACGAGUGGAAAACUAACCAUGCCUCCAGUAGUAUAGACUCCGUAAAGAUUGCCCUCGCAAAGCGUAGAAUGCAGGGCGCACUAUGGAAAACAAUACGUGCUGUGUCCAUCUUUAUUGAAAACGCUGCGCUAUGGAUAGUGGAGCACAAUAGACACGUGGAAAAUAGCCAAGCGUUUGAUAUAUUUCAGAAAUAUCUGCAUACGCUUACUACAAUAAUGAUUUCCUGCUGUCACCGGGGUGCGAUUGAAGCGGCCGGAAAUUGCCUUAGCCGUGUCGUGCGCCAUCUUAUGCAAUUAAAGCAAAACGUACUAGCGGGAGAAACGGCCCUAGGUGAGGGUAGCGAUCGGUUCGGGCCGCUGAAACGGUACACCGCGGAGGUGAAGCGUAUGUGGCAGACGUGGCUUCAAUAUCCGCGCGUGCACCUGGAAGAUUUUCGUCGCCAUCGGGGGUAUAUUUGGAUGCUGCACAGUUAUAUGCGCCACGAUACGGCAGACAUUACGCACGAUUCGUUACUGCAUAUGUAUCUGGGGGAGUACACGCAGCUAGCCAAGUGUGCCGCGAAUCAUGAGCGUGAAGCGCCCGCUUCGGUGCCAGUACCGAGUGUGACGGUGUUGUGGUUGCAUCAGCUAAAUCUGCUUGCCCGGGAAACGUCACUGAACGAGUCGAUACUGCCGCAUAUUGAUGAGCUGAUGAUAGUGGCGCUAGCGCACAUCCGGUCACCCCAAUGGCCGACUCGUAAUGCGGCGCUUCAGCUGUACUCGUCCUGCACUACGAAGCUAACCGGUCAGCGACAGCUGUACAAGGAUCAUGACUCCGAUUGGGCACCGGUGUAUACAUCGUUCGAAGAGGUAACAUACAAGGCGAACCGUACGAUGCAGUUCAUGUUGCGGAAGCUGAAAACGCUAAUACCGCCCGCAGAAAGUGUUACAACACAUCGCAUGGCGGAGGAACAACUGCUCGAUGAGGAGCGUGAUCCUGUCACACCGUUCCUGUUGUUGGUGCUAGAAUUUCUCUCCAAGCUGGAGUACCGUGCUUACCAUCGGCAUCUGAACGAUGCCACACCGGAUGAUUCAACCUGCAGUAUGGUUCAUAGAUAUCGUGCUAUUCUGUGGGUACUGUUUCGGCACGAGCACGACCAAGUGCGCAAGCUGGCCGCCCGAUGCUUCGCCCAGUUGCACGAUUUCCACACCGAAAUACCGAACCUGCUCGAGCAUCUAAUAUACGUGCUGUUCACCUCGAAGGAAACAAACUUCAGGCAGGGCCUGUGCCAGGCGAUCAUGGCCUGCGUGCAGAAGUACGUUACGCACGGACGUUACUUGGGAGGAAGCUAUGGCUGUGAUAUCGGCGCGGAACAAUCGAGGAAUGCCAUUUUACAACGCGUUCGCGACCUGGUCGGAAAACACUACAUGCUCGACCGGAAGGAAAACUUUGUCGCGCCGUUCAGGUACCGGUGCGAGCUGCACAAGUUGUUGCUGUAUCUCGGCUUCCACCGUGACAGUGAGGUGGUGCUGGAGCUGAUCAUAAAUCGAAUCGCACCGAACAUGCACGGGCUGGAUGUGUUUGCGAUGCAGUUGAACCAGGUGUACAACAGGGGUUUAUGCACGGUACCGGAUACUGGCAUGCCGCCGGUGUGUGCGGUCGCAUCCCUACCGCAACAUUCCAUGCCCUACGAACUGUUCUUGGAAUUGGGCCAUGAACUGCACAAGGAAGAAGUGUAA